ACGAGCUCCGGAGGGUUAAAACGCUGGGAAGGUGAUAAUAACUCUGCGCUGGGAUGGGGUGCAAUUGGCAUUUGCCUGCACGUGACCUGCCAAGCUCCGGGUGACAGGUACCGGGGCUCCUAAUGAAUUUCCCAAAGGCUUGGAUCUGAACGCCGCCGUCGCCACUCUCGUCCCAGGGCUGCCGCCGGCUGCCCAGCUUCUCUCCAUCCUCCCCAAGGUCUCCAAUGGAAGCAGCGUGCAACAGCAUGGCCCUCGAAAGGCUCGGGGAAGCCCUGGGCAGCAUCCCCCCCUUGCAAAGGUCCCUCCUGCUUCUGCUCUGCCUGCUCGCCGCCAUCCAACUGGGCAAGUUCCUCCUGCAGCAGCAGCAGCGCCGGCGGCAGGGCCAGAGCCGGGCGCCGCCGGGCCCUUUCCCCUGGCCCCUGAUCGGCAACGCGGCGCAGCUGGGCAGCGCUCCGCACCUCUCCUUCGCCCGCCUGGCCAGCACCUACGGCGCCGUGUUCCAGCUGCGCCUGGGGCGCUGGCCCGUGGUGGUGCUGAACGGGGAGCGCGCCAUCCGCCAGGCCCUCGUCCGCCAGGGGGCCGCCUUCGCCGGCCGCCCGCCCUUCCCGUCCUUCCAGCUGGUGUCGGGCGGGCUCAGCCUGGCCUUCGGCGGCUACUCGGAGCUGUGGAAGCUGCACCGGCGGGCGGCGCACGCCACGGUGCGCGCCUUCUCCACGGGCAGCCCCGCCACCCGCCGCCUGCUCGAGCGGCACCUGGUGGGCGAGGCGCGGGCUCUGGUGGCGCUGCUGGUGCGGGGCAGCGCCGGCGGCGCCUUCCUCGACCCCUCGCGCGUCCUGGUGGUGGCCGUGGCCAACGUGAUGAGCGCCCUGUGCUUCGGCCGCCGCUACAGCCACGGCGACGGCGAGUUCCUGCGCAUCGUGGGGCGCAACGAGCAGUUCGGGCGGGCGGUGGGCGCCGGCAGCCUGGUGGACGCGCUGCCCUGGCUCCAGCGCUUCCCCAGCCCCAUCCGCGCCGCCUACCGCGCCUUCCGCGACCUCAACCGCGACUUUUACGGCUUCGUCCGCGGCAAGUUCCUGCAGCACCAGCGCAGCCUGCGCCCGGGGGCCGCCCCCCGCGACAUGAUGGACGCCUUCAUCCACCUGCAGCGGGAGCAGCCGCGGCUGCAGCUGGAGCACGUGCCCGCCACCGUCACCGACAUCUUCGGCGCCAGCCAGGACACCCUCUCCACGGCCCUGCAGUGGCUCCUCAUCUUUCUCAUCAGGUAUCCGAAAGUGCAGGCUAAAAUGCAAGAAGAAGUGGAUAGGAUUGUCGGAAGAGACCGUCUGCCAUGUGUUGAAGAUCAGCCUCACUUGCCCUACAUCAUGGCUUUCUUGUACGAAUCCAUGCGUUUCAGCAGCUUUGUGCCUGUUACUAUCCCACAUGCCACCACGACCAACACCUUCAUAAUGGGCUACCUCAUUCCCAAGGACACUGUCAUUUUUGUAAAUCAGUGGUCAGUGAAUCAUGAUCCAGCAAAAUGGUCCAACCCUGAGGAUUUUGAUCCAACAAGAUUCCUGGAUGAGAAUGGAUUCAUCAAUAAAGAUCUUACUAGUAGUGUGAUGAUUUUCUCGUUAGGAAAACGUCGGUGUAUUGGAGAGGAGUUAUCCAAGGUGCAGCUCUUUCUCUUUACCUCUAUACUGGUGCAUCAGUGCAAUUUUACUGCUAAUCCAAAUGAGGACCCUAAAAUGGACUUUACCUAUGGGCUGACCAUUAAACCUAAGCCAUUUACCUUGAAUGUUACACUGAGAGAUACUAUGGAUUUGCUUGAUCAGGCUGUCCAAAGACUGCAAGCAGAGAAAGUAGCCAAUGAAAAUCAGCUGUCAGCAAAUGCCUAAACAAUAAACCUUGCAUCUACAGAUAAUCCCUCUUUCUCUUUUUAGACUUAUAUGACUUACAGUUUGUUCUGGUGAUCUUUUUGGAACAUAGCCAAUAUUACAAGUUGUAAGAGCAGGAAGGAAAGCUGCACAAGGUAUAAUUCAGUCCUCUUUUUAGUUCUAGAAGGAGAGCCAGGGGAACAAUUUAAUAUAUUAAAUAAUAAAACAUAUGCAAUUUGAAAGUAAACCUUUUCUUUUCUAGCUUGUUCACAGAAGUUGCCAUUGUAAAGUGCUUUUUAUCUACUGACUGGUUGGGGCACCUCCAGGAACUCUCUCUACAAUCCUUGCUAUUUCUCCAUGUGCUAUGCCUUAACUCUAGGUUUGCCUUCAGUGACUCCGCAUCCCAAAGUGAAAUUUC